AUGCUCGGCAUGAUCAUCUCACUCAGGAUCUAUCUGCAUCUGCCUGCUUCCUAUUUCCUGCUUCCCCAGCCGCUUGAAAUGGACCUCAAAGACCCUCCUUCCGAGACCUCCACCGAGAAGACCGAAAAUGAAAACGAAAAGACCUCCAACGAACCCCAAACCCGCAGAGGAAGCUACCUAUCUCCUCCGGGAUUGAUGCACCUCUUCAACUCACCCAAAUUCUCCGACUUCACCAUCCGCGUCGCGGGACGGACGUUCCACGCACACAAGGCCAUUCUGAGCUGCUACUCUGCGUAUUUUCAUAAUCUGUUUCGGGGGGAUUGGAUGGAAACAUCCUCCAACACAAUCGACCUAAACGACGACGAUCCCUACGCCGUAGAAGCCAUGCUCCAACACCUCUACGACAUGGAAUACAGCAACAUGCAGCAUCCGGGCUUGUCAGUCGAACUCUUCGAUGCUAAAGUCUACGCCAUCGGCGAGAAGUACGGGAUUCCGAGCCUGAAGAUCGACGCGAGACGCAUGUUCGCGGCGCAGUUGAAGUACGGGUGGGAAGGGGUUGAUUUCCCGUCUUCUAUUGCGGAGGUCUAUGCUAGCACGCCGGCUACUGACCGCGGGCUGCGCGAUAUUGUCACUGAAGUGUCCUGUGAGCAUUUGAAGGAUCUUCUGGAGAAGGAGGCGUUUCUUCAGGUUUUGGUUGAUGCUAAUGGCUUUGUCUUUGACUUGCUCCGUUAUUUGAACGACAAGCUAGAAUCGCGCAGACGCUGA